UAUAAUGUUCACCAUAUGCAUCAGUAUUGGUAACAGCACUGCACCAAACCGACCGUGAACAGCUGUCGGUGGUGAGAUGUUCCUCCAAUGGGUUUUACACCCCUAUUUUUCUUCGCCGCCGACUUCCCGCAUCAUUCGUGUUAUCGCUAAUAAUGCCGUGUGCCCGAUAAUUACGCUUGCAAGCCAAACGUGUACGCACAAAUGUGGUGUAUAGUCCGGCAUCUGAGUGAAACCAAAGAUUCAAAAUCAUUCCAAAUACACAUCGGAUUUGGCGGCGACCGCCAACAUACAACAGCGCACGGCAGUAUCCUCGUGAUGUUCUACCGUAAUAAUAGCAGCUUUUUUGACCUCACUCUCUACGCAGGUAAUGUGAAGGGGCAUCAAUUGCCGAAGAACUUCAGCACGAAGUGAACAACCAAAGAGUAGCGUCAAGCAGAACCAUCCUUUCCUUUAGUCUUUAGUAAAACGCGUUGAAAUGGGUUUGCUGGACGAGAGUGGAAUCCUGUACGUAAUAGCGGAUGUGCUUUCGAUCGUUACCAUCGCAUCAUGCCUUGUGUCGAAGGUGCCGCAGAUACAAACCGUCCGGCAGCUGCAGUCCGCCAAAGGGCUGAGCGUGAACGGACUGCUAAUGGAACUGAGCAGCUACACCGUCACGAUGCUGUACAAUUACACCAACGGGUACGCGUUCCUGUCCUACCUGGAAUAUCCAAUCCUGCUUGUCCAAGAGUACGUGCUCGUGUACUACGUACUGCGUUAUGAGUCGCUGCUUGGCAAGCGCGCAUACCAGUGGGCAGCGAUCUAUGUGGCAUUAUUUAUUGGUUUUGCCACCACAAUCAUACCUUCCUCCCUGCUGAUGAUGCUUGUGCCUUUUACCACCCCAGUAGGAGCCACAAGCAAGGUAAUGCAGCUGAUCGCUAUACUGCGUUCGAAGGAUUCACAAUCGGUUAGCUUGAUCACGUGGGGCAUUUCGGCGUUUACUAACUCGACCCGCAUCUAUACGAUCAUGUUGGACUCGGGUGACAAAAUGUUGCUGGCCAACUUCGGUAUAUCUACCGUGCUGAGCACCUCCGUACUGUUGGCCGCUUGGUACUACAAAAAAACAAAGAAGGAUUAACGCUUCUGCAGCAUCAAAAAGCAUCAUAACAACCUAUUUGCGCACGUAUUGCCUUGAGUCUUUUUUUUCGGUUAAUUUUAUUUUAUUUCUUAACGAACAUCACCGUAAUACGCUUACAAUCAAUGCACCUGACUAGAGAGAAUGUCCCCACCCCCGGGAUUCUACGAAAGCUUAUAAAAAUAAUCGCGAUUAGAGGCGCAUCUUCUCUUGAGAUAAUGAGAAGUUUUUUUUUAAAACAAUUUUCGAACUUAUUAAUUAUUUUAAUAAAAUAGCGAACAGUUGAACGAGAUCUGACAUGACUUUAAAAGCUACGAUCAAUAAAGCAAAUGCUGAACAAACAACAA